CCUAGAGGGCGGGGCGGGGCGGGGACACCCCUUCCACCACCCCCUCCCCCCAGCUUGGAGACUUCGGGGCCCCGGGAGGAUUUCACAGACACUCCGGCGGGGUUCAGUUCUGCGCCGUGCCAUGGAGCGCGCCAAGGAGCGCAGCUGGGGCGGCCCCCGGAGAGCCCUGCGAGCCUAAGAAGCCCCCUUCGGGCCGGACUGGGAGACUAGACUCCGGGCAGGGUCCCGGGCUCGGAACUCGCGGGGACGCCCUUGGGGAGCAGCCCAAGUUGCGUAGACUGACCGGACUUGGCGAUUGCCGCCGUCUCCCUCCUCAAAGCCCCGGAAUUCCCGGACUCCGACCCUUCCCGGGGAAGGGAACGGGCGGACUGAGCAAACUUAGCCCUUUGGGGGAGCAGUAGCACAGCGAGGCGCCGAGAGCCGGGGCCGGGCCACGCCAGCCCCCCUCUGCGCGCGCUUGCGGGGCCGGUCCAGCGCAGGCAGCGGUCGGGGCUGCGGGACCGUCGGAGCAGCGUGCUCCCGGGGGACCAGAAGUUUGCCCGGGACUCCCCCCGCUCCGCGCGCCCGGGCUCCGCGCUCCGACGCUGGGGAGCCUCCUGCCCUGUCCCCUGAGUGCCCGUCCUUGAAGGAGCCGGCUAGGGCACCCUAGCCGCGGGCUCGCGAACUUGACUGCGCGGGGCUCGGGGAGGAGCUGAAGGGGGCCAGCCUGGCGUGUUUGAUGGCUUCACUGAGAAGGGUCAAAGUGCUGCUGGUGUUAAAUCUGAUCGCCGUGGCCGGCUUCGUGCUCUUCCUGGCCAAGUGUCGGCCCAUCGCCGUGAAGAGCGCGGACGUUUUCCGGGACGUCCAUCCCCGGGCAGAAGCGGCCAACUUGACCCAGCACGGCCCCAACCCCGUCCAGGAUGGGGUGCUGAAGAGGCUCUCCCUGCUGGAGGACAUCGUCUACAGGCAGCUCAAUGGCUUAUCCAAAUCCCUUGGGCUCAUCGAAGGCUACGGUGGACGGGGCAAAGGGGGGCUCCCCGCCACCCUCUCGCCAGCUGAAGAAGAAAAGGCCAAGGGCCCCCAUGAGAAAUAUGGCUACAAUUCCUACCUUAGUGAAAAAAUUUCACUGGAUCGAUCCAUACCCGAUUACCGCCCAACCAAGUGUAAGGAGCUGAAAUACUCCAAGGACCUGCCCCAGAUUUCCAUCAUCUUUAUCUUUGUGAACGAGGCCCUGUCGGUGAUCCUGCGGUCCGUGCACAGCGCCGUCAACCACACGCCGGCUCAUCUGCUGAAAGAGAUCAUCCUGGUGGACGACAACAGUGACGAAGAGGAGCUGAAGGCGCCUUUGGAGGAGUAUGUCCAUAAGCGCUACCCGGGGUUGGUGAAGGUGGUACGGAAUCAGAAGCGGGAAGGUCUGAUCCGGGCACGGAUCGAAGGCUGGAAGGUGGCCACCGGGCAGAUCACCGGGUUCUUCGAUGCCCACGUGGAGUUUACCGCGGGCUGGGCCGAGCCCGUCCUGUCCAGAAUCCAGGAAAAUCGGAAGAGGGUGAUCCUUCCCUCUAUCGACAAUAUCAAACAGGACAAUUUUGAAGUGCAACGGUAUGAGAACUCUGCCCAUGGCUACAGCUGGGAGCUCUGGUGCAUGUACAUCAGCCCCCCCAAGGACUGGUGGGAUGCCGGGGACCCGUCUCUUCCCAUCAGGACUCCAGCAAUGAUCGGGUGUUCGUUCGUGGUCAACCGCAAGUUCUUCGGGGAAAUAGGCCUCCUGGACCCAGGGAUGGAUGUGUACGGAGGAGAGAAUAUAGAGCUUGGAAUCAAGGUGUGGCUCUGUGGCGGCAGUAUGGAGGUCCUACCCUGUUCGCGAGUGGCCCACAUUGAAAGGAAGAAGAAGCCCUACAACAAUAACAUCGGCUUCUACACCAAGAGAAACGCUCUGCGAGUGGCCGAGGUCUGGAUGGAUGAUUACAAGUCUCACGUGUAUAUUGCCUGGAACCUGCCCCUGGAGAACCCAGGAAUAGACAUCGGGGAUGUCUCAGAAAGGAGAGCUUUAAGGAAGAGGUUGAAGUGUAAGAAUUUCCAGUGGUACCUGGACCAUGUUUAUCCUGAGAUGAGGAGAUACAAUAACACCAUCGCCUAUGGGGAGCUUCGCAACAACAAGGCCAAAGAUGUCUGUUUGGACCAAGGGCCCCAAGAAAACCACACUGCAAUCCUCUAUCCCUGUCAUGGCUGGGGGCCUCAGCUCACCCGCUACACCAGGGAAGGCUUCCUGCACCUGGGCGCCCUGGGGACCACCACCCUCCUGCCGGACACCCGCUGCCUUGUGGACAACGGCAAGAGCCGCUUCCCCCAACUCCUGGACUGUGACAAGGUCAAGAGCAGCCUUCACAAACGCUGGAAUUUCAUACAGAAUGGAGCAAUCAUGAAUAAAGGGACAGGACGCUGCCUCGAAGUUGAGAGCCGGCCCAGCAUUGACCUUAUCCUCCGUAGCUGUACAGGGCAAAGGUGGACGAUUAAAAACUUCAUAAAAUAGAGCAGGGCAAGCUGGGGAGCCUUGCCCUCUGGAACCUGCUUUGGCUCCCCCGUGCUUUCUUUUAGAGAGCAUGUACUUCUUCCAGAGCCUGGGAGAGAAAUCAAGGGCCACGCAGGAGCUUUGUCACCUUCUGUGGGGCUACUUUAGCUCUCGUGGAUGGGGAAGCUGAUGGGGUGUCCAGUGUCCCUCCCCUGCCCCAAUCUGACCCCUUCUGGGAGUCUCAUCAAAGAGUGGAGCUUCUUCCGGAGGGACCCCGCUGGGAGCAGACACUCCCUGGAUGGGCUUACUUGGAGUCAUUCACUGGGACCUCUCACCCGGGAUCUAGGAAAGCAUCCUUACCCUCAGCUCUCGGAGACCUGCUGCUGUGUCUGUGGCCGAGGGGGCUAAUCCUUCAAAGGAAAGGAACGGUCCCAUCACCCCCUUAUUUCUCCUUCUCUUCUCCCUUUCUUCUCUACCAGCACCCCCCCACAUGCACACACACACACACACACACACACACACACACACACACACACAGAAAAGGCCCAACCUACAGAAACAAAGCGCAUUUUUUCCUUUGGCCCGAUUUGCUCGCGUCACUUCCCUUUUUCAUAUUUUGCUGUAGGAGCCACAUUUCCCCUCCCUAUGGGGGGGGGCAGCUUCGGCCCCUGCUCCUCAGCCUCUCUGGAAGAAAGAUGCUGACCCCCCCACCCUGCCCUGAUCUGCUCCCCUCUUCCCAGGUCUUUAGCCCGCCUUGGCCCUGAAAUGCCUCCUAUCCCUCUGUCUGAAGCCCUUCCGAAGGGCGGAGGUCUCUGCUUUCGAUGGAGGUCUCCAAGAGCUCACCCAGACAUGCGGCCCCUGACACGCGGCCCCCAAACCGUGGCCGGGACAGUGCUAAGGAAGCCGGGGGCUCUGGGAGCCGAGCUGGCAGGGGCUUGCUGCUGGGUUCUGCCAAGCUCGUCUCCUUCACGGAAGCAAAAAAGCCAGACGACAAACGCUCCUCCUGUCUUACCUGGGCUGGAGAAGGAGAAAUCGGCUUGGAACAGCCCGUGUCACUGGGUCUCAGUGACCUGCGGUUAAGCAAACUGUGACGCUCCCUGCGCCGAGAGCUGCUGGCCACGUAGUGGUUCCGUGUGUUCCGGAGGAAGAGGGAGAAAGGGCAGCCUGUGCCUCCGUCCUGAGAGAGGAGCCCUCGACCGUGAGAACCUGAGUUCUGCUCCGCCACCGGAACCUGACCUGGGGAGGGAGAAGCAGAGACCUCGGCUCCCCACGGGCCCGCAGAGGCCUCGGGAUCUGGGGCUCGGACUCUAACCCAGAGCCCUGAGGCCAGAGCCUUUCCAGCAGCCCCGUGGGGAGGCCGUGAGACUGCGGGGCCGUGCAUCCUAAAGCUAUUUAAUGCCUGUGUCCAUAAUUCCAUCCCACACUCUGCUGAGGAUGGAGAAGGCAGUGAUUUCCUGUCUUAGGAGUAACCAUUUUUCUGAUGCCCUCUGGUUAGGGUACACUUAUAAAUUAAAAUUAAUAUAUACGUAUGUGUGUGAGUGCUCUGUGUGCUGUGGGUGUGCACAAGCACACGGGUAUGCUUGUGUGUGCGUCUGUGUGUACAUGUGUGUGUCUGUGUCUUGUGCAUGUGUGUGGGUGUGUGCAUCUGGGUACUUGUGUGCUUUGUACACGUGUGUGUACGUGUGUGUAAGUGUGUGCAUACGUGUGUGCAUCUGUAUGUGUGCAUCUGGGUGUGGGUAUGUGCAUCUGGGUGCACGUAUGUGCUUGUGUGUUUGUGUGCAUACGUGUGUGAGCAUUUGUAUGCAUGUGUGUAUGUUUGUGUGGGCAUCUGAGUGUGUGCUUGUAUGUGUGUGUGUGUGCAUCUGUGUGUGGGUAUGUGCAUCUGGGUGCAUGUGUGUAUGCUUUGUGAAUGUAGUGUGUGCUUGUGCAUGUUGUGCAUCAGUGUGCACGUGUGUGUGUGUGUGUGUGUGUGUAGGAAACGUAGGUCUAAGUGCCGCUGGGUUUGCAGCCCCAUCUCUUCACCCAGCCUGGGACAGGGACGCCUGGGGCAGCGGGUGGGGGAGUGAGGGCUCCCCACGCCCGACCACGUGUUGCUGGAUAACGUGGGUCCCUCCGUGGUACCUGAUGAGGUGGAGAAAGCCGACGACCGCCUCAGGCUUGCCGGGACCCCUUCGUAUAUAGUUCCCCGUCCCCCCAUUCUCUUUGCUCUGUUCCCCCUCCCCAGGAAUUGCAUCCCUGUAGGAGACCUGGAUUGCCGAGCGAGGCGUUCAGGGUAGAGUUGGACUCUUUCUUAUUAGCUGUUGCAUCAUCCCCUGUGAAAUAAACAUGUUUUAGCACUUACCAAAA